AUGGCAAAUUCGAAAGAAUCAUUUCUAAUUAGCAAGUUUUACCUUGCCUGUCGAAAUGGUGAUGUAGAAUACGUAAGAAAUUAUCUCACAAUACUAUCACCAACCAAAUGGAAUCCUAAUGAAAUUGAAAUACAUAUAAAUAGUACACCAUUACAUGCAGCUUCAUUUUAUGGUCAUGCAGAAAUAGUUAAACUCCUUCUCCACUACGGAUCUGAUCGAUCACAAACAAAUAGUUAUGGUCUUACGGCUUACGAAGAAGCUGCUAAUGACGAAAUUCGUCAACUUUUUAAUCGUCCAAGUGAUGGUGAUUCGAGUGCAUCUCGUUUCCAAGAUGAAAAUAUCGCAGAUUGUUUCGAAUUUGUUAAACCACCUAAGGAAUAUGUAAGUAGUAUAAAACAUGGAAAAAUAAAGACAUCGACAGUUGAAGAUUACAAAACUGAAGAAGAAAAACAACUUGAAAUUGGCUUUUCAACAACAUCGAUAGCUCUAUCACAGUCAAAGCUGGGAAGAUUUCUUGCGGAUAGAUUUCAUCCUGAUGCACCAAUGUCACUGAAAAAUAUAACAAAUAGACUUCAAGAUUUAAUCGAUCGAGAAAUUACUGCUAAUGAAGAUCCUCAAUCAACCAAAGCAAAUGAUUUAUUGAACAAAUUUUCAAAUGAUCCUGAUGAAACAAGAGGUGUUGAAUAUUUAAUAAGAUUGUACACAUUAGAAACAAAACUUUAUCAUGCUCUUCGACAAGAUCCAAUGCCAUUAGCUUUACCUUUAUACAAAACAUUAGAAACAUUGAAAGAUCGAUAUUUUCAAGGACAAAGUUACCGAGGUGCCAAAUUGGACGAUGGUGAUAUUGCUAUUUAUCAAAAUGCCGCUGAUCAUCAUCAAAGUUUUUUACAAACAAAACAUUUUUCUUCAUCAUCUGCGCAACGUUCUAUUGCAGAAGAAUUUUUAACUCAUCAUAAUAAAAAUCCAUCGGAAAACCAUCGAAAUUCGGUUCUAUUUAUAUUUAAUUUUCCGAUACAUUGUGAUCAAGCAAUUGAUUUAGGUAGAAUAUCAAAUGAGCAACCUUGUUUAUCGGAAUUCGAAAAUGAAGCUGAAAUUCUUAUAUUACCAUGGACAAUAUUUCAUGUAGAUCGUGUAGAAUAUCAAUCAACAUGUUAUACAAUUUAUUUAACAAAUGUUUUGUUACCUCAUAAAGAUAUUUUAUCGUCAUUUAAAUGGAUAUUAACACAUCCCAAAGGUUCAAUGGAUCGUUUUCACCAACAUUUUCCAAAGAAACAAUCACAAACCUUAAAACAACUCCUAAAGAAUAUUUCUGUACCGGAAGAAUAUAUUCUAAGAAAAAAUGAAUAA